AUGGAUAACAAUGGCUCUGUUCCCAGCGCCUCCUCCGAAAUGGACGGCGUCACAACGAGCCUCGAGCGGGCAGAGGAUUUCCGAUUCACCCAUCCAGCGGGUCUAAGGAUAGCAAGACAUCUGACAAAGUCGCUCAUAGAGGCCUUGAGUUUGAAGAUAUGGAUGGAGUUGGACGGCAAUAUUUCUUUGACCAGACAAGAUGGCUCAGAGUCUUCGUCCAUGAAGGAUCCCGCUAGUUUGGUAGAACCGGAGGUCUUGGCUGAUUUGGGGGAAUUGCUGGCUUUUGAAGAUGCUUCCGAAACAGCAACACCAAGGUAUCAGCCAACAACUAGUAACACAUCAUUUGGGGAGAGGAUCAGCACCAGCGUGCCAUCGUCAGCGGAAACACACACCGACAUGCGAGAGCUGAACUCCACAGAGUUCCCGUCUGACUCUUUGAUCAAUUCCUGGUUGACACCAGACGAUUUCGAUACCAUCGAGGCCGCCCAUGACCCUUCAUCGUUUUCCUACUCUUCGCAGCCAGCUUCAAGACAAGCGACGAGCAUUUUUCAAGACAACCACAUGCACGAUGAUCAGAACUCGUUCGAAAAUACACAAUUCUCUGUCGUUAGCCGUCCGCCUUCCACCGAAGCCAGUCGUUCGGCAUUCAACCUUCCUCCACCUAGAGCUCUCAACUCACAGAGUCAGCAACCCAGUCAUACCUUCUCUGCACCACAGGAAGGUAGACUAACACCACAAGCCUCCGCUUCGCAACAAAGACCUCCUCACCUACCCUCACCUCUUAACCCAUCAAGGCAAACACCGAACUUGGGACCAGGGCAAUUUCCAAAUCCGCUACAACUUCCCAAGAUUGAUCUUCCUCCAUUAGGUAAUGCUCUUGGACCGGUCGGUAUUUCUGCCAACCGCCAUCCCCUACCGUCAAUAGGUUCCCCGGACACUAGCAACCACAUGCCACUUAAUCAAUUUCACAGUAUCAAGAGCUUCCUUCCCGUCAACAAAUCUGGGAGCAACUCCAAUACCCCAGAGAAAGCUCCUUGUUUACCCCCAGGGCUAUCAAACUCACCUUCCAAAAUUGUCGACGCUAAUAAUCUCCAAACGCCUCAUCUUCUAAACAAACAAGCCGCAUCACCGCCUUCAAAGCAAACGACUGCUGAUAAAUAUUCGCUCUCAGCAAAUCCUACCAACUCGUCACAAUCGACACCAACUGCUCAAUUCUUUUCGCAAACGCUCUACGAUUUCUCCUCUGGGUCACUUCAUACCACUACAAUGGGGAAACGAUCUAUCGAUAAGAUGCCAGCGAAGAAACGAAAGGCUAAAGAUGAAGCGGAUACUUGCGUAAAGAAGCAGAAGCUGGACAAGAAAGGCAAAGCGGCUAAGAAAGAUGGCGAAGAAAAGGAGCGUCUGGGCGACGAUAUCUGGAUGCGGAUCUUUGAGUUUACACCGCCAUCAUUCCUUAAAAAAGCUCGUCUCGUUUGCAAGCCUUGGAAGGCAAUGGUCGACCAAUUCGAUUCGAUCUUUGUUAAUUGUCGCAAGGAAAAUUAUGGAUGGGAUAUGCCUCCGCCGCCACCAGGAAUGACAGAACGUCAGUAUAGCGAUUUGCUCGGAGGAAAGGGAUGUCAAGAGCCAGGGUGCGAUAACAAAAAAGCUACAAGAACAUACUGGUCGUGGUCUAAGAGGUGGUGCUCUGAUUGCUGGGGAAAGAAGAUUGAAAGAGAAGAUCGAAUCCUCAAAAAUCGACAGAAUAAUUAUCCAAGGACUACUGUUUUAAAAAUGCUCGAAUCGAUUCCCGUCGCUAUCUACGAUUCUUUCUUGAAACCACACGAUUAUACGGAAGAGGUUGAAGCUCGGGCUCGCGGACCACCAAGACUAUACAAAUGUUACCUCAUUUCAGACGUGGACAGGAUAAUUGAAGAGUACAAUGCUUUGGCGCCACCACCUUAUGAGGCUAACCCGGAUCACACACCCGCCGAAGCUUCAGCAGCACAAGCAGCUCAUAAAGACUUGAUGGAUGCGCUCGAUGGAAAGCGCGAUGAAUUCUUCGCUGCUAAGAAAGCCGUCAAUGAUAAACACAUGGGGAAUGUCAGAAAAAUCGAGGCUGCUAUCAGGAAGAAGCGUCAGGAAGAGCGCGGACCAAAAGACAAAGCACGAAAGGGUCGUAUUGAAUUGUUUACUCGUCGGGCUAAGGAAGACCUACCUCAGAUCCCUACCGAGUUUGUACAGGUAACCAAGGCUUUCAAAGCAGCAUGCCGUAUCUAUCGGGAUGGUGGCACCGAACGUGGAUGGAGAUCUCUGAAGCCAAAGAUUGAAAAAGAGUGGGAGGAGCGAGACCUCAAUCCUCCCAAAUCUCUUGCUGGAACGAAUUCCGAUAUCAGAGAGGUCAGUAUGGAUGCUGAUAGCUUGAUGAGCGAUAUGGAUGAAUAUCCCUCCUUAAGAUCUACCCCGGCAGUCGAUAUUGGUCGAGCCGUACAACAACAGCAGCCUCAACACAGUCAUGCUAGACCGCAAUCAAUAUAUGGCAAUGCCCAGCAGGUUAGGCCCAACCAUCCACUUCGUCAAUCGAUAGGUUCUAUGGGGGGUCCACUAGGAUUUAACAACUACGGCACUAAUCUUGGUGGAUACAACUAUACAAAUUUCCACCACGCGGGUGCUCUUUUAUCACAACCAGCACAAAUAACCUCAGCUUAUCCGGGUGGAAGUUUUCUUAUGGGUGGUCUUCCAAGAGCACUUCCUCAGCCGAACAAUUUCCGUCAACCACAAUUUCGACACCAAACCGUAUAUGAUAUGCAUAGCAAUUAUCAUAAUCAACAACCAUCGCACCUCGGUUCUCAAAGCACGCAUAUUCCUAUCAAUUCAUUGUUAGGUCCGUCGAAUCCCCCAAACCACCAAAAACACAACACCUUUCAAUAG